UCCCCAAAUUGAGAUUUUUUUUUUUUUUUUGUGAUUACCCAUUAAUUAUCUCAUCGGAUGAUGUCGUCGGCGGCCGCCGUCACAGAUUUCCGUUCAAUCAGUUCAUCUGUUCAAUCAUCGAAAACUACCGCUGAUUCCAACUCCUCCACUAGUUGUAAGCUCGAUGCAGGAUUUGAUUGCUCGUUUUCUAUGUCAUCGUCGGUUCCUCAACCGAGUUCGGGUUUUCCGGGUCGAUCAAGGCGGAAGCCUAGGCUCAUGAAACUGAGGAAACAAUCGGGUCCUCAAAUUAUCGACCCGAAUGAAUCGAGUUUUGAUCGGAUCGACCCGACCCCCAAGGUUAGUAGUACUGGUACUGUAAAAGGGUUUCCUAAUUGUGGUAGCUUCGGGAGAAGUGACAAUGUGAGCUUUGGUUUUUGUGCUGGUAAGAGUGAUUCUACUUUGAAUACGAAUUUGGAGAGUUUAAGUACUAAUAAGAGUGAUGUUGCUGUGAAUUCGGGGGCAAUGCUGAACAAAAAAAAUGGAGAAUCUUUUGAGAGUGUGGAGGGAAUGGGAGGCUGUAGAAUUGGAAAAAAUGGUAAUGAUGGUUUUGUUUUUGGUGCUAGGAAGAAUGAUUCUGGUUUGGAUUCAAGUUUGGAGAAUUUGGGUUUUGUUUUCGGAGCUAGCAGUACUAGUAGCCCAAAGUUUAACUGGAAGAGCAAGAACGGUGAUUGGACAAAUAAGAGCAGCCCGGCGUCCUAUCUGAGUGUGUCUAAUAAGGAGCCUGAAUGUAGUGAGAGCAAUGGUAAUUCGAAGUCAAAAAUGGAAUUUGGACAGAGGAAGUCUAGUGGUAAUGUAGGACAACCACAAGGUGAUGAGGUCAAGAAUUGCUCGAGUGAGUCUCAUAAAAAUGAGCAGUCUAGUACAUUGCAAUCAGAUAAAUUGAAUGCUAACUUUGUAUUUGGUGCUAGUAAACCUAACUUUGAAUUAGAAAAUGAAGUGUGUAAUAAAGAUGAAGCAUACAGGGGACCAGAGUAUCAGGGUCCAAAACUGAAUGGCACAUUUGUUUUUGGUUGUGGCGUCAAAGGGAAGAUAAAAGUGAAUGAAGAUGGUAAAGUUGCUGAAGAAAUGGAGAAUUUUAGUAGGGAAAAGAUCCUAAACCACAAUGGUUGUUGGAAUGCCCCAAAAAGUGACACGGGUUGUGAUGGGAAGCUCAAGUUUGAUUCAAGUAGUAGAAAUAUUGUAGACACUGACUUCCCAAAACCCCCCAUUUAUAAACUCUCCAAUGAGAUGAAUUCAUUGAACAUUGGCCAGCCAGCACCGGUUAAUGAUGCUGAGAAGACCAAUGGUUUGAAUGAAAAGUCACGUGUCAACAUUCAGAAUGUAUUUGUGUUUGGAUUUAACCAAAGUACUUCAAAUGUUCCAACUGAAAACGGUGCUUGUCAUUCUUGUGAUCUGCCCAAGGAUGUCAGUUUAAAAGAUCCUGUUAGUAGCUCUGGUUUUGAUAAAGCUGAUACAAUUGAAGGUGAAUCAAAUGCUAAGAGAGCUUGUGCAUCUGAAAUUGUUGAAAAUUUUGCUAGUUCAUUAAAGGGGGGCAAGGACAAAGGGAUGCCUGGAGAAACAGUGCAUACAAAUUCUAAGUUUGGUCUUUCGGGUGUUCAAAAUAAUUCAUUUAGCUUCUCAGCAGGAAACUCUGGGAAAGAAAAUAUGCCAACAAAUUUUAACAGUGAGUUUGUUGUCUCGAGUGAAUUGCCACAGGAUCAUCCAAAUAGUGACAUGGAGAGGGAUAAUAUGCCCUUUCCAUUAUUUACCACAGAGAUUUUUGGUUCACGGCACAAAGUUGACACCCCAGAAGCACCUUCUGGCCAUCAAGAUGAAAAGAAAGAAGAAUUCAGCUUUCCGAGCACACCAUUUAUACCUGGGAAGUCCUUUUCUGAUUUUAGUGCAUCCAAUUCAAGUAAAUCAUUUUCUUUUACUGCUGAUUUAUUUUCCGGAGUGAAUGAAAAAUUGGGUUGUGGAACAAGUAGCAGAUUGAGGGACAAAAAAGUGAAAAAGAAGAAGUCAUUGAGGCAAGAAACCUUGGUACAGAGGGUAGCUGGGCAGACUGAUCUUUCUAAUGGAAACAGUUCCACGCACAAUGAUCAGUCUCCUGGAUGUUGUUCACCUAUGGAUUUUUCACCAUAUCAGGAUACAAAUUCUUCUACUUCUGCUGAUAAUUUUACCAGGGCAACUGAAACCAAGGACGAUGUGGCUACUAACAAAGACACUUCUGUUUUCAAUGACUCUCACAAGAAAUGUGGAGAAGGAAAUGAGAAAUUUUCUGGGACUGAUUCUGGAAAGGACUCUAAUACUCGGAGAGAUUUUAGUUCCUAUACUUCACCUUCUGCUCAAGAUGGGUUAUCAUCCAUUAGGCGUCAAUAUAGGAAAAAAUACAAAUUGAAAGUUGAUAGUGGUUCAAACAGCGUAAAUCACAGAAAAGUUGAGUUUUCCACUGAUGCAGUUCAACAUUCUUCCUUUGGUCGCAAAACUUCAGGAGACAUCCCAAGCGGAGUUACAUCUCAUAUGAGAAAUAAAGUUAUACAUCUGUCUAAAGUGGACGAAGACCAUGGGAUGCUGGGGCUCACUGACCGUGAAGUCUGUGAAAAGUGGCGGAUCAGGGGAAAUCAAGCCUAUAAGGCUGGAAAUCUUUUGCAAGCUGAGGAUUUGUACACUAAGGGUAUCAAAUCAGUCUCUGCUACAGAAAUUUCAGGCUCUUGCCUGGAGCCUCUUUUGUUAUGCUACAGCAACCGAGCUGCCACUCGAAUGUCACUUAGAAGGAUGAGGGAAGCCAUCAGUGAUUGUGCAUCUGCAGCUGCCUUAGACCCUCACUUUCUUAAAGUAAAACUCAGAGCAGCAAAUUGCUAUCUGGUUCUUGGUGAAGUCGAAGAAGCAAUUAAGCAUUACAACAUUUGCUUGGAAUCAAGAAUUAAUUUGUGCUUGGAUAGGAGAAUUACAAUUGAAGCAGCAGAAGGCUUGCAAAAAGCUCAGAAAGUAUCUGAACAUUUGCAUCGGUGUGCCGAACUUUUGCAACAAAGAACUCCAGAUGCAGCAAAAGAUGCACUUGGAAUUACCAAUGAAGCCUUGUCUAUCAGCUGCUAUUCAGAAAAGUUACUUGAAAUGAAAGGAGAGGCUCUUUGCAAGCUGCAGAUGUAUAAUGAAGUGAUUGAGCUGUGCGAAAAUUCUCUUGAUAUUGCUGAAAAGAACUUUACUUCUGACUUCAUAAACUUAAAUGAUGUUGAUAGCAAAAGCUCCUCUUUGAUGCUUUGGAGAUGGCUCCUUAAGUCCAGGGCGCACUUUCAUCUUGGAAAGCUUGAGAUGGCCCUUGACUUAAUUGAGAAACAAGAGCAUUUGGUUUCUGUUGAGAAAAGAUCUGGAAACAUGACCCAGGAAUCAUCAUCUCCUCUAGCAGCCACUAUCCGUGAACUUUUGCAUCGCAAGAAAGCCGGAAAUGAGGCAUUUAAAUCUGGCAAAUAUAUGGAAGCUAUUGAACAUUAUACUGCUGCUAUAUCCAGCAGUGUUGAGUCGCGCCCUUUUGCAGCUAUCUGUUUCUGCAAUCGAGCUGCUGCUCACCAAGCUCUUGGUCAAAUUGUUGAUGCCAUUGCAGAUUGCAGUCUUGCCAUUGCUCUUGACAAGAACUACACAAAGGCUGUUUCAAGGAGGGCUACCUUACAUGAGAUGAUUAGAGACUAUGGGCAUGCUGUAAAUGAUCUUGAGAGGCUCAUAUCCCUUCAGGAAGCUCAAUCUCAAGAAAGGACUCGACAAUCUGAGGUGCUGGAUAAGUCAAAUGGAAGCAGUGCUAAAGAAGCAAAACGAACUCGUCGGCAGCUUUCGUCAAUUCAGGAGAAGGCUAAAAGAGCAACACCAUUGGAUCUUUAUCUUAUUUUGGGAAUCAAGUCAUCUGAUACAGAAUCUGACAUCAAGAAGGCAUAUAGGAAAGCAGCCCUCAGACAUCAUCCUGACAAGGCGGGUCAAAUUUUGGCAAGGAGUGAUGCAUUGGAUGAUGGAGGGUUGUGGAAAGAGAUCUCUGAUACUGUCCGCAAUGAUGCUGAUAGGCUGUUCAAGUUGAUUGGAGAAGCGUAUGCAGUUCUCUCAAAUUCCGACAAGCGUGCAAAACAUGAUUUAGAAGAAGAAACAAGGGAUGUUCAAAGGGAAAGUGCGAGAAACAGCGGUUCUUGCAGACCUUCUGAUACUUAUUCUUCUCCAUUUGAGAGGACGAACUGGUCUAGAAGACAAUCUAACUUUUACAGUUCUCCAUUUGGUAAAAGUAGUAGUAGGCACUAUGGACAAGAGUAUUGGAGAACCUAUGGAGAAUCACAUCCCAGAUGGUAAAAGGUAUGCAGCAUGCAUCUUCUGUAGUGCCUAGCAGCCCUGAUGAUGAGAUCGUGGCUAUGGAGAAAGAAUUAGAUUAGAUGGUUCUAUUUCUCAAUCCGCUCGUAUGAAACCAAGGUGGAAAAGAUUGAAGAUGAAGGAUUCCUCGAAAAGAGUUAAGGAUUAGUAAUCCUUUUUAGAAAUCAAAUGGUGGAUUCAGUCUUUAAGCUAUGUCGUCACCGAUUGGUGGGUGACCUGAUCCUGCUAAACAAGACACAAAUUCUAUCUUAAUGACCGGUUUGCCCCUGGACAUUCUGCCAAGUUACAUUUUUUUCCCCCAAAGAUGAAGCUUUUAUUAGUUUGGCAGCUG